GAUGUACACCGCACCCUACUCCCCCUUCUUCAUGUCUGGCCUCCUCUCGUCCCCCGUCGACCGCCCGGCAUCACCCGACGUCCCCCUUGGUCCCCGCCGUGGCAGCCUGCCGACAGACACGAGCACGCGGUCGGUCGAGACGGGAGACCAGGCGUCCGCGUUCUACUUCACGCUGCAGCCCCGCCGCGACGAGCAGGAGUACCGCUCGUUCCUCUCUCUCGACCUCGCAGAGUCACAGUCUCUCCGCUCAGCAUCCCUCAAGCGCAAGGCGUCCUCGAGGAAACCGUUCAAGUUUCGGAGCAUUCCAGAGGACAGCGCGGCUGGCCCUUCCGCACCCGCAGCCCCACGCACCUGCUCUCUGCGCACCCGCUUCUCGCGCGACUCCCUCCGCACCAUCCCCUCUCCAAAGCCAGCGCCCUCUAUCACCCUCCCCGACCUCCCGCCGUCCGCCUCCAUCUCCCCUCAACCCGCCUCAGCUCCCCCGCGCCUGCCCUCCCUCCCAGCUUUACCCGCCCUCGAGCUCCCUCUACCAAUGCCCGCACCCAUGCUUUCCAUCCGCGUCUCCCGGACGCACUACCCCUUCCCCAGCCCUCCGUCCUCCUCGAACACCUCUCCUCCAUCGUCUCUAGGCGGGGCUCUCGAAGGCCGGGCGUGCCGCUCUACACCCCUGCUCGUAUCACCGAAACACGCCCGCCAGAGCAACUUCAUGAGCAUGAGCGACGACGAGGAUGAGCUAGAGGACGUCUCGCGGACUAACAUGCCCAUGGAUGUGGAUAGGGACAUGGGGAUGGAUAUCGACAUGGAGGAAGACGCCGACGACGAGGACAGCGACCUCGACAGCCUCGAUUUCGGCGACGACAGCAUGUUCAAUGCGCUCAUGGAGCCCGAGGACGUGGAGAACGAGAACGAGCAUCCUCUCCCCACUUCUACCAGCGACAGCAGGUACCCGUACCAACGUCCCCGUGCGACGCGCCGCACGACCAAGACGAAGGACUGGUUCCCGCUCAAGAGCUUCAUCGACCUGCACAACGACGACGACCACUCGUCCUCCACCCCAAGCGCGGGCUGGUCGUGGCGCAGCUUCAUCGAGGUGGCGAAUGUGUCAUA